AUGUCGGAUAGGGAAAAAAUUGAAUUCAAGCAAACUGGAACAUCGAGUUGGAAGUUAAGGUAAGUAUAUAUUUCUUGAAAAACCAAAAUAAUCAGGUUUUUUUCAGAUUGCAUCAACUUUUACGACUUCCUGUAACUAGAACGGGUCCCGCAAUUGUUGUAACAGCAAUUUUAUAUUUGACUGCAUAUAAUGUUGGUGUUCGAUAUUGGAAAGGUGAGAAUCAUCCAAUAAAUCGAUUUGGUUGGCGGUUACAAGAACAAAAUGGUCAAUUAGAUCCUCUUCUGGUCGCCAAAAAAGAAAAGGUAAACUUUUGAUCAGCCGUAUUCUUCAUACGAAUUCUGAAAUUUUCAGGUGCUCGCUUAUCACAAUUCUCGAUUUUAUAAUGCCCGUGAUACUCCUCCAAAUUUGCAAUAUUAG